AUGUCAAAGUUCUUCGCCGCAAUGUUAGGAAAAAACGCUGAUCGCUUUCCAAGUGUGUACGAAAAAGCCGAGCAACUUAUGAGAGCAGUCGAACGAGUCGACGUGCAGUUUGCGGAUUGGUUGGUACUUGCGCAGGUGGAUCUUGAACAACUCAUCGAAGAGAAACUUACCAAGGCAUCGGAUUGGGAAAUGCAGCUGAAAUUGCUGAAAACGAAAGGGAGGGAAGCGGAAAAGCUGCCAAAGUAA